AUGUUCAGGGCGCACAAACGAGAACAAAAAGUAUUAGAUGAAAGAAUCCUACGUACUCCAAUACUAAGUAGUUGCCAAUUUAAAAAAAAAAAAAAAAAAUUCGGCAAAUAAAUGUUUUUUGACUCGCCCGGAAACUACCGCUCGUGUCGCCGACGCGGCACUGCGAUUAUUAUUUAUGUCGAUGAAUAAAGGGCGAAAAAUUGCAUGACAGAACGAAAUUAUAUGCGGCGGCGAAAGCGCGGAAAAUCGGCUCGAGCCCGUCUCGCCCUACUGCCGCCCCCUCCCCUCCCGAAGACACGUGUGGCACGAUAAUUAUCGUAAUACGCGACCCGCGGUAUUCCGGCGCGUAUCCCCGCGAGCGCGUCCGACGGCCGCGCGUUCUCCGGGUCCGCGGUUCGCGGGGCGGGCGGGCGAGCGGGAAAUUUACGGCACUGCGGGCAAAGGUCGUGCGCGCCCCGCACCCCGCCGGGGCGAGGUAA